AUGCCGUGGCCAGCUUUUCGGGAUCCGAAGGCCGCAGAAAACUUCAAUACGGAUCGUUUCGCCGAAGACCUGAUCAAGAAUGCCGUCAAAGUUGGCUUAAAUCCCAAUAAGCUCAUCCUUGUUGUACCGCUACUUGCUAGAUCGGACUCCGAGAGCUCAGACAUAGGAUACUCGAAUGCGAUCUACGACCUCGGAGCGGAUCCAAGAGGGAACGGGUCAGCCUUCUUGAAUGGGACCGGCUACUUUUUCUUCUCUCAAACUCGUGCGAUCGAGAAGGUUGCCCUGGCCAAGAAGUAUGGACUGCACGGCAUUGGUUUGGAAGGCGGCGAAUCUUUCGAGAGCGAGGAUCUAUACCCCUGGGACGCAAACUCCCUGUUUCAUGCCAUUGCUUUAUCUUCUGGACGACGCCUUACCGA